AAUGUCCACUGGGUGACAAAACGCAACAGUUUGACAUUAGACGCCCAAAGCCCAAAACCAAGGAAACAAAUAACACAGCAGCCCGGCCGUUCUCCGAACUAAAAAAGUGGAGAGCACACAAGAAGAAAACAAAUGUCCCCCUCUCCACCUCGCCUUUUUGCACUCUACGGACGCGGAGGUUCGCUCGCCUUCUGGACCAGAACACUUGUCCAAGCAAGGGCUGAAGUUGAAGCGGCCAAGCUCAAGACCAUCGAUGACUUGCCCGGACCCACUUUGUCCAAAACACUUUUCUGGUUAUUUGUUAAAGGAUAUGCGGACAAGAGCCACUUGCUGCAGGGUGCACAAAAGAAUCUUUACGGGCCCAUUUGGCGCUCUAAGUUCGGCCCUUUUGAUCUCGUCAAUGUGGCCAGUCCGGAGCUCAUUGCUCAGGUGAUCCAUCAGGAAGGACGCUACCCCGUGCGAGCGGAGCUGCCACACUGGAAGGAAUACCGAGACUUGAGGGGACAAGCCUACGGCCUGCAUGUAGACAAAGGGGAAGAGUGGUACCGGAUCCGCAGCGCUCUGAACCCAAAGAUGCUGAAGCUACAGGAAGUGUCAGCCUACGCUCCCAUCAUCCACCAGGUGGUCGAAGAUCUCCUGCAACGCAUCGAGUUCCUGCGCGCCCGCAGCCCGGACGGAAUUUCCGUUUCCGACGUGACGGCCGAGCUCUACAAGUUUGGCUUCGAAGGUAUCUCGUCCAUUUUGUUUGAGACCAGGCUGGGCUGCCUCCGGGAGGACAUUCCGAAAGACACGGAGCGCUUUAUCGCUGCCGUCAAUGACAUGCUGACGCUGUCUGAGAUUGUUGUUAUCUUUCCACGCUGGACCCGCCGCAUCCUGCCUUUCUGGAAGCGAUUUAUUCAGGCCUGGGAUGACCUCUAUGACACUGCGCAGAAGCUGAUCGACAGCAGACUGGCUGACAUCCAAAGCCAGAUGGAGCGAGGUGAGCCCACACAAGGCUUAUACCUGACCUACCUGCUGUCCUGCGAUAAGAUAACCCGAUCGGAGAUCUACAUCAGCGUGACCGAGCUGCUGUUGGGCGGAGUCGACACGACCUCCAACACGCUGUCUUGGGCCUUGUACCACUUGGCGAGGGACCCGCGGGCUCAGGAUCGACUCUACAGCGAGGUGAACGCCGUGUGCGGCGACGGACGUAAACCCGGAAUGGACGACCUUCAAGCGAUGCCCUACUUGAAGGCUGUCAUCAAGGAAACGUUACGCUUGUAUCCUGUUGUUCCUGGCAACGGACGCUUUGUUACAGAAAAUGAAGUGAUGGUGGACAAUUACUGGUUUCCAAAGAAGACCCAGUUCCACCUGUGCCAUUACGUCGUCAGCCGCGACCACGCGCAAUUCGCCCGUGCCGACGACUUUGUGCCGGAGCGUUGGCUUCGCCCCGGCCACAAGGUGACGCCAGGUUUCUUCCAGCACCACCCGUACAGCUUCAUCCCCUUCGGCGUAGGCGUGCGAGGCUGCGUGGGGAAGAGGGUGGCCGAGAUGGAGAUGUACUUUGCUCUGUGCAGGCUGAUGCAGCGCUACGAGGUCCGUCCGGGGGGAGACGACCAAGCCCCCGUCCAGGCCAAAACGCGGACGCUGCUCAUUCCCGCGCGGCCCAUCAAUCUUCGAUUUCUGCUCCGAGCUUGAAGGAAUCGAACCGAAAACACGAUACGCAGCAAAAAAGAAGAAAGUGGUGCUUAAAACAAAGACAACUAAAAAAAUGAUUUUUUUUCCAACUAGUUUUCUCAUUACCGAUCACUUUAUUCAUUCUGUUCAACUCAAGUUUGUUACUAACUUAAUUACUGUAUACAGAUUAUAACCAGUUGAACCUUUUCCAGUGUAUAAAAACAACACAUUACCUUCAUAAGACAAAACUCACAUCACAUACUGUAUGUAUUCCUGACUAGAAAAUCAUGUAACACACAUGCUGUUGAAAUUGAUUGCUAGGCACAAAACUUGUAUAAUCCUUAACUUUUGCCAUAAAGUCGAAUGACUGAUUUUGUUUUGGUAUUUA